GAGAGCUCAGAUGUGGAGAUGAAGACCGAAGACAAUGCGGGCGGCAGCGCCCCGGCUCCUGGAGAGUUUCGAUGUAUGAACGAUGAGUUCGAGGUUUGUCGUACCGGCCAGACUACGGUAGACUUAUCGCGAAAGGUGAUCUCCGACCACUUUGGUAGGAACAAAGCUUGCACGCGCUUGAUCACUGACUGGCCGCUCUUCUGUCGCAAACACUACCAGCGGGCCACCUACAACCAGAAGUUGUGGCAGUCGCGCAAGAUUACUCUCAUCCUUCGGCAGUUCAACAUCAUCGAGGCACAGUUUUCUGGUACCAUGUACACUGUCGCACUCAAGAAGUCGGAGGAACAGCGCCUCAACACCUUCUCUCGGAAGCUUGCGGCGGGCAAGACCGAACUUGAGGCUGCGGCCCUGGUGGCGCCAGCCGAGAAGGCCAAACAUUUCGAGGCCCCCGUGAACGUGCUUCGCGAGAUCGAACAACUCAACUAUCUUGGAGAAAACAAAACCAAGGCUGAAGUGGAGGCUGCUAUCAACACGAUCAGUGACAUGCUGGAGAGCGGAGAUACCUCACAGGUCCCAUCGAUCGAGUUCCUGCCGCAAUUGGACGCUUCCGGUAACCCAUACGAUACCGACGAUUGCGGAAAGGCUACUAAGAAGUCUUCUGCACGUGUCUCAAAGAAGGGAGCCGUUACCAAGCCGUCUUCU